AUUUUACCAACUAAAAUAUGGAUAAGAGAUUUCGAUCAAGACUUGUACGAAAUUAUAAGAAAAAGAUACCUUGCAUGCCUAGAUAUAAUCUUGAAGAAGAAAAGAUAUCCCAGGUUCCUCUAGAGCGAGAACAAAUAGAGCAAUGGAAGGAAGAGGAAUAUGAUCGCUUAGUCGAUAGCCGCAUUCAAAACUUAAGGCCAGCCAAGCGGGUUUUCCUGGGUUGAAACUCAUAUUGUGUGAAAUUCGCUAAAAAUAACCCCAAAAUUCUUGCAGUUGGGGAUGAAAUAGGAGGAAUACAUUUUAUCGACUCAACGAAUUGCAAAGAAAUCAAGGAUCAAGAUCACCCUUAUUCACAGGAAGAUUACUUCAAGACUUAUUACCAAGAAGUCCAAAGAGCAUAUACAGAAGAGGAUCCAGAGGGAAAGCACAGGCCAAUUACUAUUCUCCCAACGAGUAGUGAAAAUAUUCAUGAAAAUGCAAUCUUUGACAUAGAAUGGUUUGAUAACGACAGGAUUCUUGGAACUGUCUGAGGAGACUUCAGUUCAAGGAUUUAUGAUGUAGCUCAUCAGAGAGUAUGAAAUAUUUUAGCAGGACAUAACGGGUCUCCUAGAACAAUCGAUUCCCAUCAUUGAACUUCAGAUGUAUUCGUAACAUGUGGAAGAGACGGAGAGAUUCUGCUCUAUGAUGUCAGAGACCAAAGUUCAAGAAGAGUGGAAGGGGGAGAAGAGUUGAUCUAUCCGGUUCAUGCUCUUAGCCAUUAUGCUCUGAAACUCAGAGAAGAAUUUGGGAACCGUGCCAAGGCAAAAUACUCAAAACAUGAGAAUGAUAAAAGAGCCAUAACAAGUUGAAAGUUUUAUGAUUCAAACACCCUACUCAGCACAGAGAGUAGUUCAGACGAGAUAAAAUUUUGGGACCUCAGAGUUCUAUGAAGCUUGCCAAAAGUAUCAAACAGCACAGUUGUUGAUAAGGAUAAUAAGAAGUCCCCCAAAUAUGGAGAGAGGGAAGAAAAAUCCUUUAGAGGAAGCCUCUCUUAUUACACCCAUCUCAUGAAUAUUUACAGGGGCUUAAAUGAGGCUGAAUUUGCAAGAGCUAACGGGCAGGAGGUAAACGAUACAUAUUCCAAUAUUAAAGAAUAUGACUUGCUUCAGUGUAUAAACCAAAGGAAAAAGGAGAAUGGGUUCACAUCUUUGACCGUACAUAGAGAUUUAGGGAGAGCUUCCAGGACACAUAAAAGUCCAUUGAUUCUGACAAAUGGAAUAAAAAGUACUGUGUACCUUUACCAGAUGGAUAAAAUGAGUGAGGCUCCUCCUAAAAUUUUUAAAUCUCAUCAUUCAAAUUUCUACACGAAAGCAACACUAAGUCCAUGAAUGGAUUAUUGUAUAACUGGUUCUGACUCAGGGCAUGGGCUCUUGAUCUGGAAUACAAAGAAGCCAGACUUAGAUAAAUUUAAUACCUACGAAUGACUUGACAAGAAAUCUCAGUAUAUUUACAACUAUUAUUCGUUCAAGCAAGGUCAUAUUAAGGACAUCAAUGGCAUUGAUUGGAGUAAUAGCUACUCUCAGCCUUUUAUUGCAACUUCGAGUGAUGAUCUCACAAUCUGCCUUUGGGAAUAACCCAAAAUGCAAAAAUAAUACUUCUAAUGCUUCAACACAC